AGCGAGUCAAACCAAGUUCUAUCAAGCCCGAUUAUCAAGAGUUUAUGGUCGUGAUGGAGCGUGAUAUAGCGGAGAAAAAAGUCGGCUUACGAAUCAAUAAAUGGGAUGGCUCUGCUGUGAAAAAUGCCUUGGAUGAUGUAGUCAAGGAUGUACUAACAAAGAAAUAUCAUUACAUAGAACAUUUUGGUCUGUUUGAUGGAAGACUAUUCAUCUGCGGGAUUACUGUUACUACAGCUAUUGUAGCACUGUUAUGUGAUUACUUAUAUCCAUUUCCUGCCUGCAAACAUGUUUUAAUAAUCUGUGUCUGUUUGUAUUUCCUUUUAAUGGGAGUCUUGACAUUGUAUACUACAUUUAAAGAGAAAGGCAUAUUUGUAGUUGCAGUUCAAAGAGAUCCAGCAGGUUUCAAUCCCGACAUGAUUUGGGAGGCAAGUUCGUAUUUAAAAAAAUAUGAUGACAAGUACAAUCUGGUAUUGUCAGUUAAAAACGCAUCAACGGGAAUCUCUUAUACGACAAGUGUGACAAAAUCCGUUGCAAAUUUUAUCGAUAUUAAUGGUGGGGUGAUAUCUGAUUUUGUAGAAGAUAUAGUGGUAAAUAUGCAUGAUAGUCUAAUGUUACAACGAAAGGACAAAUAAUGUGGGAAUAAAUAAUUAAGUUUUUUUGCAUGAAAUUUUAUUGCAUCUACAGUUUAUUUGGUCAUGUUCUGAGGCAUAUGUAAUGUUCAUUUCCAAUUCCUCGUAUAACAAUAUAAAUAACACAAAAAUAAGAAGCUAAGCAUUUUUAUUCAUGUUUUAUAAUUAUUAUACUCAAUACCUGAAAUCAGAACGAACAUUACAAAACCAUAAAUUCCAGUAAUUAAGGGCGAACGAGAGAACAUUUUGUUAAUACGCACAGUAAUAAGAAGUGAUUUUUU